AAAAAACCCCUUAUUUUCUUGUGUUGUGUUUCUGGUAUACGUUGGAUAUUUACAAUUUUUAUCACAUUAGGAUAUGACAUUCCUGGCCUUGCCAGUGCUUUUGUUUGGAUAUUUAUAGCAGCUUCUGGUCAUUGUUGAGCAAAGGCGAUUGCCCUGCCCUCUGGCCCUUUCUUAAGCAGAUUUUGGGCAGAAGCUCCUCUCGUGUGGCACUAAUUGAAGUGACUGGUGGAGGGGGUGUUAUGAGCACACUUGUGCUGAUCCGCCAGGGUCUGAGCCAAGGGAGGAAGAGAGGAUAAAACGGGGAGAAGGGAGGAAAGAGGAAGGAGGAAAAAAAAAAAAAAAAAAAGGAGGGAAAAAAAAAAAAAAAAAAAAAAAAAAAAAAAAAAAAAAAAAAAAAAAAAGCGCCUGGCUUUGGCUGUCUCCGGCAGAGCGGAGGGCUGCGAGGGCUGCCGGCCAUCUGUCCGCGCAGGGCGGCUCGGCGGGAGCUGCGCCCGGGAGGCGGGAGCGGAGCGCUCCGCAGGUUGAUUAAGUGAAUAGAAGAAAUAAAUAAAAGAAAAACGAAGCUACUUUCAAGUGUUGAAGAUACAAGGCCAGGAUGAACACGAACAACGGAAAAGUGUCUGAAGGAGGUCUCAAUGUCACUCUUACCAUACGCCUUCUCAUGCAUGGCAAGGAGGUUGGAAGCAUUAUCGGAAAGAAAGGUGAGACAGUGAAGAAGAUGAGGGAGGAGAGUGGUGCUCGAAUCAAUAUUUCAGAAGGCACUUGUCCAGAGAGAAUUGUGACAAUAACAGGCCCAACAGAUGCAAUUUUUAAAGCUUUUUCUAUGAUUGCACUAAAAUUUGAAGAGGACAUAAACGCUUCGAUGACAAACAGCUCAGUGACAAGCAAACCGCCCGUAACACUGCGGCUCGUCGUCCCAGCAAGUCAGUGUGGAUCUCUUAUAGGAAAAGGAGGCUCCAAAAUCAAAGAAAUCAGGGAGUCCACAGGAGCCCAGGUGCAGGUGGCAGGGGACAUGCUGCCCAACUCGACGGAGCGCGCGGUGACCAUAUCCGGCACUCCCGACGCCAUCAUCCAGUGUGUGAAGCAGAUCUGCGUGGUGAUGCUGGAGUCCCCACCCAAAGGUGCCACCAUCCCCUACCGUCCCAAACCUGCCUCUGCACCUAUCAUUUUUGCAGGUGGCCAGGUAAGAGCAGACACCAUUUUGGCUUCAGCUGGAAACCACACCGUCCUGGCCCAGCCUCAGCCAGCGCCUGCAUUCACGAUCCAGGGGCAGUAUGCCAUCCCUCAUCCCGACGUGAGUCCAGCACAUUUGACCAAGCUUCACCAGUUGGCUAUGCAGCAUCCCCCCUUUACUCCCCUUGGGCAGACCACCCCUGGUUUCCCUGGACUGGAUGCCACUACUCCAACCAGUUCCCAUGAACUUACUAUUCCCAAUGAUUUAAUAGGCUGCAUUAUUGGCAGACAAGGCAGUAAGAUAAAUGAAAUCAGGCAGAUGUCAGGAGCACAGAUCAAGAUUGCUAAUGCCACAGAAGGCUCCGCAGAACGACAAGUUACAAUCACAGGAUCCCCUGCAAACAUCAGCUUAGCACAGUACCUCAUUAAUGCAAGGAUAUGUUCUUCUCUUGGUGUUCAGGGAUUCCCCACACAUCGAGACGAGACUAGACCCCUUCAUUUUUAGUUGCACAAACACCAUAUGGCAUGCAUCUGGAUCUCGGAAGAUAACAAUUUAGGAUCUUGAAGACAGCUAAAGCAUGCAAAUAAAAUAAUGCACUUAUUAAUGGAGUUGCAGUGAGCUGCUCACCAGAGACAGAAACUCUAGUGAACAAAACUGUUUGACUCACUUUAGAAAAGUCUGUGAACUCUCACACGAAGUGUUGAUUACUGUUUAAUGAUUCUUGUGAUGGAAUGGGAUCCGUAUGAGGUCUUUUAACAUACUUUGGCAAAGAAGAAAACUCCUCAGCAGUCAUAUACCACGGAUCUCUAUCUAUACCCUGUGAAACCAGAAACAAAGUAUUUUGUUCCUGUUAAAUUUCUAGAUAGAAGUCAUUUGUUACCAUCAUCUACAAUAAACCAUCAUAUAUUAUUAUGUACCAUGUGUUGGAACUGUAUUUAGAUGAAGUGACUUCAUUUGUAAAUGAAGACUCUUAAAGUAAUGUGUAAUAAAUUAAGCUGUAAGGUAACAUAGGCAAUUAAGGUGGCUUUUUCAUUUUAAAAGCUGACACGGUUCCAGACUCUCCUUUCACAUGAGACAUUGCUGUCCAGCCAGGUGCCACCACAGCAGCAGUGCCAGUUCAGUCACAUGGGAGGAAGACUGAUGAGCUGUGAGGCAGGUGGGAGGUUUGCUCUAGUGAGAUUUUGGUGCUGGGACAGGACAGAGGUGCAGAGCCAGGCAGCUGCUGCUGCCUCUCUGGGCUGGGAGCCACCUCCCAAACCUGCCACUGGUGAUGCCAUCUCUUUUAAAGGUGGUGGCAUAAAACAGCUUUGGGGAAAGACGAGUACAGCACCUAGACAGCCCAGAGUGUGGUCUGGUGUGUGAAAAUAAUAACUACAAGAAAUAACAGCCAGAUAAGCAUUCAGCAUAAGGUAGAUCUUUUUCUCCCCUACAAGAUCUAUUCUUCACGGGUGUUGGUUUCCAGGGCCAGUAUUUCUGCAUAAAUCAAUGCCUUUCAGCAACAUAAGAUGUAAAAAACCAAAAUUAUCUAUCCACAGUAUUCCUGAAACAUAUUGUGUAUAUCUUUAAGCUAUCCUCCAACCAAAGUUGCUAUCUAUAGAAUAAUUUAUCAGCUUGCUUUAAGACUUUUAUUGCAAACUGGUGUUGGAUAUGUACAUAGUAUAUUCUAAAUAAUAGAUAUAUAAAUAUAUUGAUAUAAUAUCAAGACAGAGAUUUAAAUCUUUCUAAAGUGUUGGUUUGGUUCUGUAUUGCUUACCCGAGCGCUGGCCUCUGUACGAAUAGAGCGUGUCUUAGCUUGUUUGCAGUAGAAAUGUUUUAUUUCCUGUAAAGCCUUGUGUCUCUUUGACUGGUCUCCACUGUAGUAACUAGAUUUUCAUUACCCAAUUCCGUCUUCUUGCUUUUAUUAAGAUUGAACUGCAGUUUAGUUUUCCUGUGUCAUAUCUGACUUUGGGUUAUAAAUGAACUUAGCCAGCAGCACUUGCUCCUUGUUGAAGGGCAGUUUCCUGAAGGUAUUUUUUUACAAGAGGUUCAUUCACAGACCCAGCAGGACUGCCAAAGCCACACCUGCUCUCUUCUCCUCACCAGUUUCAGAUAAUGCAGGUGGCCCUCAGUGCAUGUAUUCAGAAGGUGCAGGCCUGCAAAGGGUCAAUGUAAAAUCAUCCCCGUGAAAUUUUGUAUGAGGGCUGCCUCACCCUCUUUCACAUGCAACGUUGCAACCACAGUUCAUUUGGGAAACUGCCACUGCCAUGGGACAGCAUGAACUCCCACCUGAUGAACUCCCACCUUAUGUGUUGCCACCAGUAAUAAAUGGGAAACAGGGCAAAUUACUGCUACAGUCGUACCUGUAAGAGUAAACCAGAGACAGGGAGUUGGAAUGGCUGCUACCAAAAACAGCAUUUUGGCCUGUGGGAUCUGUUCUCCCUGCUGGUGCAGGAAAAAGCUUAGGCUCAAACACCUCCCCUCCAUAUCAGUCAGGAUUAUUUUGUUUUUGUUAAAUGCACAGUAGACAAAUUUGGAGUCACUGAAACACUGAGUCCUGCACUAUCUUUCUAUGGGCCUCCCUCCCAGAAUAAUACUGAGCAAUACUGAGAAACCCAGCUGUAUAAACUGAGUUUAUCACAUGUAGCUCCUACACUCCCAAGUCAAGCAUGUACAGUGAAGUUGGAGUCUCUGAUUCAGUGGUCUUGACAUAAACCCCUCUGUGUGAGUAGAUGGCAAGUAGCAGCGCAAGGGUGCACUUCUCUCUGCUUAGAAAAGCUAAGAGUUGCUCAUCCAGGGGGACAGAGAGAGACUUCAGGGUAGGUAAAUCAAAACUUCACCUCCCUCAAAGGAGUCUGAAUUUCAUGCACACACCCUCCUUCCCUCUCAGCUCCUCACAGAAAAUGCACUCCUUCCAGCUUCCCAGCAAAAGCUGCUGUGUUUAUGCUCCAAGAGCCCUCUUUUCUUUGUGGAGAAGAGAGGAGCUCAGUGCUGAGGCAUUUCCCUCUCUCCUCCACACUCCUCUCCCCAGCUCAGACCCACUUCAGGUGUCCUGCAGACUCGCCAUCAGCAGUGCUUUGGGAAGCUCUGGCCCAGUGUCCGCGUUCCCUGUGUAGCGCUGGUUGAUCCUUGCCUGCUCACACGAGGCAGGCAGUGCGCUGCUCGUUGCCUUUCUCUGCCAGUGAAUGGCCAUGGGGCUGUUACUCUCAAAACUGUCUAGGGUGAGGAAAAGACAGGCUCUUCCAAGCCCUGUGUGGGGUGACCAUGUUUCUUUCCAAGCCUGCAGCCUGGCUGCAGCUGCUCUCCAAGCCUGCUCACCCAGUCCCCAGCAGGGACCAGCACAAACCCUGUGCUGGGAAGCCUUCCUGGGCCUGAUGGGGUGUGGUAAGAAAGCACCAAGCCCUCUGCAUGGCCAGCCAGCAGCUUGCUGGCACUUUGGCACUUCACUCUGGAAGCAACGAGCUGCUACAGCUCCUCAGCUCACCUCAGGAGAAAGCGCAGGAGCCUGACAAGUUGGUAAUUGCCAAAAAGACGACCUCAAACUUACUGGGAAUACACAUAUAACUGUAAAUAGCAAAGGUUUUCUAACCCAUAGUCUUAUUUCUGUGCUAGGUUGCCAUAGCUCCCAGCUGGUCACCUGCAAAAAAGCGUCCUGAAAUUAGUAUUUGUGUUAUUUGCCAACCCAAAAGCCAGUGCAAAAGCUGCAACAAGCAAAUGGGCAAAGGGAGGAUUUAUCUAGGCAAACAUUUUGGCAUACAAAGAAAACAGUGUGUCCUUGGAAUUACUGUAUUUUAAUGUUGGAAAAUGUACAGAAAAGCAGGAGUAUAUGGGCCAAACUCGUCUUGCCUGCUGAUGGUGGAGUUAGAUUAAAGGGAAGGUGGUUUGAUUCCCAAAGCCUCCCAAGAGCCCCUCACUGCCCUGGGCUCAGAGGUGGGGUCAGUCUCGCGGUUCCUGGUGCUGGCGGGGUCUGUGUGAGGAUGUGUCUGUUGUAUCCGUGUAGUUCCUUGUCUGUCAGCUGGAAAGCUUUGUCAUGUCCACUGUAACCACCGCGCCAGCUCAGAAAGGAUACCACUGCUGUGCAAGCCGGGCUGUUCUUCAGUGUUCCUUUUACUAAUUUACUUAUUACUAGAUUGCAUAAAUAUUUUGUUGUGAUAUAAAAAAAUGUCUGGGGAAAGUACAAACCAAAGUGAACACACCGGCUAAUCUGGUUUGUUUUAUAUGAAAAAUGCACAUUGACCUCACAGUGAAUGAAAUGAAAAACUAACUCUCUUAAAAAAAGCAAAAAAAAAAACCCAAAACCACCAAAACUUUAUGCCUUAAAUGGAAGCAGCAAAUUGUUGCUUGGUCUGCUCUCAUCCUAGCAAAAUGACAAAGGGUACUAUUUAUGGCACAAAACUGACAAAUUGAAAAAAAAUACCAAAACCCCCCGCAUCCCCCUUUCAAAAAUACCCUGAUUUUGAAAAGCAAAAUUCACCAUAUCAGUGCUGGGGAGUAAACUUCAUAGUUAUUUUAAGUUUUCUUUUAAGUUUCGUUUUUUCCAUCUUUUUGCCAUUACGUGCAUUCCUUAGAUUUCUUUUUUUCAUAUGUAAAAUGAACUAGCAACACCCCCAUACCCUCUUUCCUUUUCCUUUUUUUUCUGUUCUGAAAGAACUUUAGAGUCUCAGUAACGUUUUCCCCAUCAAAUCAUGGAAAACCCUUUCGUUAUUUCUCUUCUUUAACACAUAACAUGUUCCUCCUUUGACCCUCAUUUUCCCUUUUUUUCUCUCUCUCCCCCUCCUCCCUCCCACUCGUCUGUUCCUCCUUGUCCACCGAUCUAAUCCUGGAUCCUGCCCUUUCGUGGUUGCUGUCCUUCCCUCCCUCCUU